AUGGACCCCAUCAGCGCCCUAGCCCUUGCCUGCAACGUCACGCAGCUCGUCGAACAAGCGAUCGAGGCGGUCGGUGUGUGCAGGGAAAUCUACGAGCGAGGUUCGCUGGACGAGAACGAUAAGAUUGAAGAGUCUGCCGAAGGCAUUGCGGCUGCCAACAAGAAUCUGGAAGCUACACUCAAGGCCCAGAAGACCACACCGUCCAGUCGUCCGACGCGGCUGCAGAAGAUCGUGGACGAUUCUGCGGCGACCACGGCUGAGCUCAAGAAGGUGCUGAACCAGUUGAAGCUCUCCAAGAAACAGGGCAACAAGCAGACCGGCAGCGCUUUCAAGACGAGUUUGAGGGCCAUCUUCAAGAGAGGGACCAUCGAGAGUCUCCGGAGGAAACUGGAACAGCAAGAUGCGGCCUUGCGUUCAGCCAUUCUAAAAGAUCUCUAG